AUGUUACCAAUUGGCCCAUGCAACGUUCCCGUUGAUCAUUCCGAUAUCACAAAACUGCCAGAUCUGAUUCUGGGAGGCGCUAUUCUGAACACUCAGUACAACGAUGAUCCUGAAGCGAUACCCCUUGUCGAAAUGCUGCGGUACGCUUUCUCUCGUGGCAUCAUAGCCAUUGAUACCUCUCCAUAUUACGGUCCAAGCGAGAUUUUGUAUGGGAAGGCUCUGAGCAAGCUGGAGGGGGAGUUUGGUCGCGAAACGUAUUUCAUUUGCACCAAGGUGGGAAGAGUUGGGCUGGACCAGUUUGAUUAUUCAAGAGAGCAUGUCCGCUUCAGCGUAAAGAGAUCAUGCGAAAGACUGAAAACUAGCUACCUGGAUCUUGUAUAUCUGCAUGACAUUGAAUUCGUCCCGCUGCAGGAAACUUUGGAGGCGUUGAAGGAGCUCAAGGCGCUCAAAGAUGAGGGCAUAAUCAAGCACUUUGGCCUUUCGGGCUAUCCAGUGGAUUAUUUGAGAUCUGUGACAUACCGGUGUGCUCAUGAUGAACCGGAGAUCGGCCCAUUGGAUGCUGCCCUAUCGUACUGCAAUUUGAACCUGCAAAACGUUACACUGGGGGACCAUUAUCUCAAGUGGAAGGAAGAGUCGCAACUAAAGAUAAUCAACAAUGGCUCGAUUUUAAGCAUGUCCUUGCUGAGGUCGCAGGAAACGAGAGGAUUCCAUCCCUGUUCUCGGGAGCUACGCAAGUUAGCUGAUACCGCUGCUGCAUACUGUCAAGCGAAUGGUGUUGAGCUAGCUGACCUGGCUACCCGAUAUGCUAUCUCGAAAUGGAGAGGUAAAGGGAGCACGGUCUUGGGCGUUAGCGAUCUGCAGGAGUUGGAAAAAGCCUUGCAAAAUUAUUGGAUCGUGGAGAAUAACGGCGGCCUGUUAGAUGAUAUGGAUACCGGACUCGUUAACCACAUUCAGAGUAAGAUAUUCGGCUCCCAUAUGAACGAAACAUGGGCUUCAGGAAUCGAGCACCACGAAAAAUAG